AUGGGUUUCCUACAGCUCGUGUUGCCAGCUGCAGCAGCUUUCCAAGCUGCCGCUGCUCAUGUCGCGUCGCCAAUUGACAUUGCAGACCGCGUCUUUUCGCGACAGGCUGCAGUCAAUGGCAGCUGGCCCUAUGGACCGUUUUCAACAAAAGACCGCGAUAUCGUCAACUCUCGCGGCGAAGCAGUGGCUUGGGCGGGGGUCAAUUGGCCAGGUUCCGGCGAGACAAUGGUCCCUGAAGGUGUGGAAUGGAGUUCCGUUGAAGAAAUCCUCGACCUGGUCAAGAGCGUUGGAUUCAACUUCAUCCGCCUCACAUACGCCAUUGAGAUGAUAGAUCAAAUCUACGAGCGCAACGGCAGCGAUGUUCCGCUUGAGGUCGCCAUGAUCACAGGUCUUGGUUAUGAGAAUGGCACCAUGGUGACGAACGAGAUCGUCGCUAAGAACAAGGGCUGGACCAAAGACACUGGUCGUUUCGAAGUCUGGGAUCGCAUCGCUGAAGCGGCACUUGAAAGGGGCCUGUAUAUUCAUCCGGACGUGCAUGUGGGAAAAGCGCAAUGGUGCUGCAACAACACGGACGGCAACGCCUGGUUUGAUGACUACAACUUCCCGGUGAAGAAUUGGCAUCGCGGACUGCAGUAUGUGGCCAAUUGGGCGAAGAAACACCCGAACGUCGUUUCGAUGUCUCUCCGGAACGAGCUCCGUCGCGCCAUAAAUAGUACCGCCCCAACUUCGACAACCGGGUACAAUUGGUUGACGUUUAUCGGCAACUACACCGCGGCUACGGAUGCCAUCUACUCGGCGAACCCGGACAUCUUAGUGACCUGGAGCGGCUUGCAGUAUGACCAGGAUCUGUCAGCAUUGACAUCUGGUCUGAAUCUCAACACAGCACCGCUAUACAAGGGCGACGCGAUCCGCGACGGCUACCGUCGCAAGCCAGUCGUCUUCGACCUCGGCUCCCACCCCUGGGGUGACAAAGUCGUCUACGAACUGCAUCUUUACAGCAUGUCCGAGAACCUCGACACGGGGAAUUGCCCUAUCAUUGAAGCAGAGCUCUACCAGUCUGGCUUUAACGCGCUGGGCAUAGAGGCACCAGCCGCAUGCAACAUCACGAAGGACUGCCCGAAAGCUUUACGACAAACGCCCGUUAUCUUGUCUGAGUUUGGUUCAGCGCAGGAUACGUCAAUCUUCAACGACACGCUGCAAGGUUGUCUUAGACAGUUUACUACCCAGAAUAAUGUGAGCUGGGCUAUGUGGAGUUUGGCUGGAAGCUAUAGGAUACGCAGUGGCGGACAGGGCGUAGCCGAUACUUGGGCUCUUACCAACUACGAGUGGGACGGGUGGCAGUUCGAGGAGGGCAUCGAGAAGUGGUGGAAGCCGUGGGCGAAGGCAUCGCUGAGCCAAGCGCAGGUCUCCGUGACGAGCUAG